AUGAGCUCCCUCCGCAUCGCCAGAGCCGCCCUCCGCGCGAGGCCCACCGCCAUUGCCCGCCCCUUCCAGCGCAGAGGAUACGCCGAGGUCGCCUCAGACAAGAUCAAGCUCACUCUGGCCCUUCCGCAUCAGUCCAUCUACAAGUCACAGGAUGUUGUUCAGGUGAACCUUCCCGCGGAAACUGGCGACAUGGGUGUGUUGGCAAGCCAUGUUCCCUCCAUUGAGCAGUUGAAGCCUGGCCUAGUCGAGGUCAUUGAGGAGCAGGGUGGUAGCAAGCAGUUCUUCCUCUCUGGUGGAUUCGCCGUUGUGCAGCCCAACUCCGUCCUGAGCAUCAAUGCCGUGGAGGGAUACCCAAUUGAGGACUUCAGCGCCGAAGCUGUCAAGAACCAGAUGGCCGAGGCACAGAAAAUUGCCAGCGGAAGCGGCAGCGAGGCUGACAUCGCCGAGGCCAAGAUUGAGCUCGAGGCAGGUCCUCGAGAGCCUGCAGGCAGCCAUGAAGUGAUUGUGUAA